CAAAGUUCAUCAUAACAUUUCAAAGAGCAGGCUGCAAACGUGGACAGCUCAUUGAAUUUUUCUGCAAUUUUGAGCUGGUAUGCUUGCCAGGAAGGUUGGCGAAUCCUGCCUGAAGGUCAUGUCAGUGUCUACAAACAGCUCAGGACUGAAGAUGACAAACUUGGCAAAGCAUUUACCAGCUAUUGGGAAGAAAUACUCAACAUUCAAAUAUGAAAUGUCUCUGCCUCGUUUGCCAGUACCACCCCUGCAGCAAACAAUGGACAAAUAUCUUCUUUCUGUCAAACCUUUAUUGACUGAAGAUGAGUAUGCAUGCACUAGGGAGGUUGUUGAUGAUUUUAGGAAACCAGGUGGUGUCGGAGAGGCACUUCAGGACAAGCUUGUUAGUAGAGCAAAUAAAAUGGAAAACUGGUUAGCAGAAUGGUGGGAUGAUGUUGCCUACCUUGGCUAUGAAAAUCCAGUUGUUGUCCAUUCAAGCCCUGGCAUCUCGUUCCCUAAGAUUGCAUUUGCAUCAAAAUUAGACCAACUUAGGUAUUGUGCAAAAGCUAUAAGGGCUGUUCUUGGAUUCAAAUCUCUUAUUGACAGUGAACAGCUUCCAGUUGACAUGCAAGGAAAAGACCCAGUGACCAUGGUUCAAUACAACAAGCUCCUUUCAAUAUGUCGAAUUCCACAUCCAACAACAGAUUUCACAAUAACCACACCAAGUUAUCAAUCAAGGCAUAUUAUUGUCAUGUCUAACAAUCAGGCAUUUGAAAUGGAUGUAUACAAAGGUGAAGAGCCUUUAUCAGAAACCGAGUUGCUAGGCCAACUAGAUGCAAUUGAUAAAAUGUCAAAUGCAAGCUCAGAUUAUCCUUCAAUUGGGGUUCUUACAACAGCAGAAAGAAGAAUUUGGGGAAAAACAUACAGAAAAUUGAAAAGAGGAUCUACCGCUGGAGACGUCUUUCGGGCUUUGAGAAAGACAUAUGACAAAUCAAGUGCAGAUCCAAUUAACCGUGGAAGCUUGGACAGAAUAAUAAAAUCGAUAUUUGUUCUUUGCCUUGACAAAUCUCAUGGGCCACCUUCAAACACGCCAACUGUCAGUGAAGAUCCAACGUUGACAAAUUCAGUAAAUCAAAUGCUGCACGGAGGAGGAUCCUCUCUCAAUAGCUGUAAUCGUUGGUUUGACAAAGCAUUUCAGCUCAUCGUAUCAGAAGAUGGCCUUGUUGGCUGUAACUACGAACACUCCAGUGCUGAAGGCCCACCCAUUCAAACAUUAUGCAAUCACAUCAUUCGAUCAUGUACCUUUGAGGGCGGGGAGACAAUAAUGCCUGCAAGGACAAUUAUAGAACCCAAACGAUUGCAAUGGAAGCUUUCAAAAGAGAUGGAAGAGAAAAUAGAAGAAGCAAAAGAAUCGAUUGACCAGCUUGUUGAUGACGUAGACAUGAAAGGAAUCAAGUACAUGGCCUGUGGAAAGAAUGUACCCAAAGCUAACAGAAUGAGUCCAGAUGCAUUUAUUCAAAUCGGCCUUCAACUGGCUUAUUACCGGCUACAUGGUCAAAUGGCCCCAACAUAUGAAAGUGCUUCCACCAGAAAAUUCAGAUUGGGAAGAACAGAAACCAUCCGUGUAGCAUCCCUUGCUGCGAAGGAGUUCUGUGAAGCUAUGACGUCAGGCCAAUCAAAUGAAGCAUUGAAGAGAGAGUUGUUCAUGAAAGCAGUUGCUGGUCACGCAAAGUAUACGAAAGAGGCAAUUAAUGGUCAAGGUGUAGACCGUCAUUUGCUUGGUUUGAAAUUAAUUUGCAUGGAGUCUGGAAUGAAAAUACCGGAAAUAUUCAGAGAUAAAGCGUAUAAUUACAGUUUACACUUCAAAUUAUCGACCAGUCAGGUACCAUCACCGCACGACACUGUUUUGUGUUUUGGUCCCGUCGUUCCGGAUGGCUAUGGCGUUUGCUAUAACCCAUUAGAAAAACAACUCAAUUUUGCGGUUGCAGCGUUCAAUUCCAACCCAGAGACUAAUGCGGGUCGCUUCGGAGAAUCGUUGAAACAAAGUUUUGAUGACAUUCAGAAGAUCCUAUUGCAACCUAAGCUUUGACGAACAGGGCCCUCGGUUUCAUUACCUGUAGCAUGAUGUCAUUAUAGAAUUAAGCGGAUGCAAAGUGUCUAGCUAGCUCCUUGUAACUAUUUAUUGCUUAUGCAUAAUGAAUCCUUAUAAAGCUUUUUGAUGCUGUUUUACAGUAUAUUUUCCUUCAGUUUCCUGUAUGUAUGUUGGCAUUGCAUGUUUUGUCACGUAUCGUUUCAUUUUCCAGUCUAUGUAAUUAGUUAUGUCUAACUUUAUUUCAAUUUAUGAUAAGACCUCAAAGCUAAUUUUGGUCCUGAGUGUCUUCAUCUUUCAUCGCCGCCUACAGGUUUAUCUAAAGGACAUGGAAAAUCCUUGAGAUACAUUUUGAUUCAAGUAUCCUAAGGUAGGUUUUUUUUUUGGCAUACUUCAAAAACCCUAGAGCACGAGAUAAUUAGCGCGUUGGUCGUCGGUUUGAGUGCGUUGCUCUUCGCGAGGCCCACAAAAAUCAUCAUUAACAAAUAAUUUAAUUCAGGUGUCUGUUUAAAUUCAGUUGUUUUUCACGCAGCUUUCUUGGUGUGUGGAUUUUUUUCUAAAAAUGAUCGAGAUUUCUAAAAAUGUAAGUCACUCCAUAAAAAUGACACACAUCCUUGGUGGAAUUCCUUUUGCUUAUCUGAAUAUCCCAAGAAAUCAUUUGGUUUUGGUGGAAAUCUCGUACGUUGUUCACAAGAGUGAAUUGUCUGCAAGAUAUCGUUCUCGUUGUAGCUCAUGGUGUACUACCUGUAUAAUUAGUCGUUUUAAAAGUAUGGGAGUCGUUUUAAUCGAAAAAUAAAAUAUCCGGCGUCGUUAUGGAAGUGGUCCUUAAUGUUUUCAAGUGCCAUGUCCCUAAACUCCAUCUUUAUUGGCCUUUUGAUUAAAUAAUCGCAUUUAUUUGUAAUGAAAAUGUCAUGCAGCCGUGUUCUACUCCUCUUCCUUUAAGUAUAGUAAAAGGAAGAACAGUUUAUCACAAUUUUGCUGAGGUUCGUUCAUUAAAACUAAUUUGUUUUAUCA